CACUCCCAAUCUCCGAUUCGAAACCCAAACCGCGACAGCGUCGACGCCGAGGUUGUCGUUCUCCAAGGAUUUCGCUUCGCGUGUUCUCAGAAUCUCAGCGGGACCCAUUCCCCCCCUCCACACCACCACAUUCGGUGCCCUCCUUCCCCUUCAGAUCAAGGUGCCGUUUUGAUGCCUCCUGAGCAUUCAGCGAAAGAAAUAAAUCGUGGGUUUCGGAUCCCAGAGCUCGACAUCCAAUGUAGCUAUCGAAACGGAUCGUGGGUUUUCGAAUGUUCAUAGAAUGUGAUGGAGAAUUUUUAGUGGAUUUCAAGAGAUUAAGGUUGGCGGGAUUUUUGUUUUUUUAAUUAUUUAUUUUUUGUUGGGUUCUGGGGAAUUGUUGAUUUAGAUUGGUAGUGUCAGAGAUUGGUGUGAUGUGAUGCUGCUGCAAAAGGAGAUAUGAAAGUUGAAGUUUCGAAGGUUCAGCAAUGACUGGAGUGUCAUUGGGUCUACGUACAGGUAGCUAUGGGUCAUUGCAGCUGCUGCAAAACGGCAACGUUUCGCAGAUUCAUGCGGUGCCCAUGCUUGUGCGUAGACCUUCAAAGGCGCUCCUUUAUAACCCCAGAGAAAGAGAGAGGGUUUGCCCUUUGAUUUGCCGGCACCUUGGAAGAGGGAAGGUUGCAAUGCUACUCAUGGUUGUCUUUGGCUUUUUAGUUUUCGUAUUUGGUUGCUUUACAGUUUACAGAGGUGGAAACAUCAAUAAUGAUAUUGAAGAUACACGAUCUUAUGCCAUUAAUAGGUUUGAAGUUUUAAAAUCUCAUGAAGUAGAAGAUAAGUCACAGGAUAGUAAUUCUUCUAUAGACAACUCAUUGAAAAUAAGGCAUAGACGUACAUCAAGGCCUCCUCCUGCUCCUCACCCACCAUCUUCAUCUAAGUCCAAAGGCAAAAAAGGAUAUUUUCCUACUUUUGGACAUCAGUGUGACAAUUUUGCAUUUCCUCCUCCACCACCAGCUGACAGAAGACGAACUGGACCGCGCCCAUGCCCUGUGUGUUAUAUUUCAGUGGAGCAAGCUAUAGCUAGUAUGCCAAGCUCCCCAUCGGAGUCUCCUUUACUCCGCAAUUUGACAUAUGUGCAUGAUGAAAAUCCAACUAUAAGUGAACCACAUGGUGGCUCUGAUUUUGGUGGAUACCCUUCUCUUAAAGAAAGGGAUGCUGCUUUUGAUAUAAAAGAGACCAUGGCAGUGCAUUGUGGAUUUGUCAAAGGAAGCAGAGCUGGUCGCCAGACUGGAUUUGAUUUUGAUGAGGCAGAUCUCAUAGAGUUGGAUCAUUACCAUGAUAUCAUUGUUGCUUCUGCCAUAUUUGGAAACUAUGAUGUUAUACAGCAGCCCAGAAACGUCAGUUCAGAAGCAAAGAAAAACAUUCCUUUCUACAUGUUCAUUGAUGAAGAAACGGAAAUGUAUAUGAAGAAUGCUAGUAUUUUGGGUAGCAGCAGGAGAGUUGGAUUGUGGAGAAUCAUUGUUGUCCGUAAUGUUCCUUAUGGUGAUUCUCGGCGUAACGGAAAGGUUCCAAAGCUUCUUUUGCACAGGAUCUUCCCCAAUGUCCGAUAUUCAAUAUGGAUUGAUGGGAAGCUUGAGCUCGUUAUGGAUCCAUAUCAAAUUCUUGAAAGGUUCUUGUGGCGCACAAAUGCAACUUUUGCAAUUUCUAGACACUAUAGACGCUUUGAUGUCUUUGUCGAGGCUGAGGCUAAUAAAGCUGCUGGGAAAUAUGAAAAUGCUUCCAUUGAUCACCAAAUUCAAUUUUAUCAAUACCACGAUGGUUUAACUCAUUACUCCAAGGCUAAGCUUCCUAUAACUAGUGAUGUUCCUGAAGGUUGUGUUAUCAUAAGAGAACACAUUCCAAUUACAAAUCUGUUUACGUGCUUGUGGUUCAAUGAAGUUGAUCGCUUUACUUCCAGGGAUCAGUUAAGCUUUUCCACAGUUAGAGACAAAAUAAUGGCAAAAGUAGAUUGGAGUAUUAAUAUGUUUAUGGAUUGUGAAAGGCGAAACUUUGUGAUACAGGCAUACCAUAGAGACAUAUUGGAGCACAUGCCUCCUCCUCCGGUUGUUGUAAUGCGUCCUCCUGGUUCACCUGCUCCCUAUACUACUACUACUACUACUACUACUACUAGUAGGCCUCAGUUGAAGAAGAAUCCUAGGCGUGGGAGAGAUAGGAGAUCAGGUUCAAAGCGUCAUCAUAAAGUAGGCAAUGUUGUUAUGAACCAAAAUUCAUUUUAGUAUUUUCUUCUUCUUCCUUGAGGUUUUGGUUUCUUUUUAACAUGGUUUAUAAAUUGUAA